AUGGUUUCGGAACCAAGCGAGGCAAACAACUGCGGAGAUACCCCGCAAGAAUGGCUGAGGAGGCUCACCGUGAAAGUUGAACGUGAUGCUAGUGAUGCCGCUUAUGAUGAUCAGCAGCGAUCAGCGGCAGCAACGGAAACAGCAACUUGUGCUGCAUUUUCUUCAGAAAUUUCAUCUUCAGCGCUGCAAGAUGAGUCGAAUAGAGGCAAAGUAAAGCGAAAAAAAGGGAGAAAAUGGUCAAGUGGAAAGCCCCCAAAAGAUGAACGGUUGGUUACGAAAGGAGAAGAAUCAUUUUCUUCUAAUCAGCUGCAGUUGCUGGGUCUGGCGGGUCCGGGUGCAACAGGUUUAUGGCGUUUGCAUGCACGGAGCGGCAUCAGCUAUAGAAAGGGCCCCUUCACAGCUGAAGAACGUUUGAUCAUUGAGGAGGCUCUUGAGCAGUAUACAGAGCGAGAAGGUUUCAGUUCUCUCGAAGAAGCAGUUAAGAGUUUAACGGGAAAUACAGGAAAGAGAAACACAGGCAAAUUCCAAGCUAUAGCUCGUUGUCUCCCUGACCGCCCCUUUGUUUCUGUUUAUGGAUAUAUACGUCGCCGCAUUGCAGGCGGGGUCAAGAGGGGCCCCUGGGGAGAAGAGGAAACGCAGCAGCUGCUGCAGCUGGCGGCGCGUAUACCUUCUUCAUUCAGAGGCAGGUGGGUUAAGAUAGGGGGUAUUCUAAACAGAAGACCCGCAGAUGUCUGUGAUAGAUGGCGUACACUGCAGCCUAGACUUGCUGAGCUGCAGCAGCAGCUGCAGCAGCAGCUGCAACUGCAGCACGAACAGCUGCAGGCAAUAGAGGAUAAACCAGCAGCAGCAGCAGCCAAGGAAAGCGAAACCAACGAAACUACUGCAGCAACAGCAACAGCAGCAACAGCAGCAGCAGCAGCAGCAGGUGAGGAUGAUGGUAUUAACAGUAAUAUGAGUGAAGAGGAGCGCAUGCUGCUGCUGCAGGAGGUGCAGCAAAAGACAGGAGAAGAGCUGCCGGCGUUUGGUAUACCCUGGCAACGUAUUCAGGAGGAGAGGUUCCCCAGACGAUCACACGGUAAGCUUCGUCAGGUGUAUAACCUGCUGCUGCUGCCGCAGCAGCUGCAGCAGCGUAUGGAUACAAACCCUCGUCCUGUGGUGCUGCGGCACGUGCUGAGGUGUCUAGGCAGGUUGCUGCUGCAGGGUCAGCUGCUGCCACCAGGCCUCAGGGGUAUUGAGUGGUUAGAUAUUCUUCCUUUUGUUCCUGCAUCGCUGCAGCAGAGUGUUGUGAAAGAAGCAGCAGGAACUAUGUUAAGAGAAGAGGGCUUGCAGCUAGAAGCAGCAAUACCCAGGCUGCUGCAGCAGCACGAAGAUAGACUGAAUGCAACAAGAAGGAAAGACGCAGCUAAGCUGCUGCGGGGGGUUCUCCCGGUGUAUGUACAGCAGGAGAUACAGACGCGAGUGCAUGCAAAAGCAGAAAAAAAAGGAUGGACAGAAGAUAAAAUUAAAAAAAAAAUAAAAAGAAAAAGAAGAAAUGCUGCAGCAAAAGAACUACAAAGAGUCAAAGCUAGACUAGCAGAGGUCAGGGCCUCUCCUCUUAACGCCCCACCCCGGGGCUGCCCCCGUUUCCUGAAUGAGGGGGGUGGGGAUGCAGCAGAAGAUACUGAGCUGCUGUUUGCUGCUGCUGCUGCUGGUGCUGCUGCUGCUGCUGCUGCUGCAGCACUGCUAGCUACACCCUUCACGCAUGCACAACAGGCGCAGCUGAUGGAUGCAGAACAAAAUACAACAAACACAGCAGCAGCAGAAGCUGCUGCGAAGACUCCAGCAGCAACUGCUGCGGAUGAGACUGCAGCAGCAGCAGCAGCAGCAGCAGCAGCAGGAAUGACAGAAAGUGAACAGGAGGAAGAGGAGGCCCCAGAUGAGGGGCUGGAGGAGGAGGAGAAGCCACUGCACACGGAAGCAGCAGCAGCAGCAGCUGCUGCUGCUGCUGCUGCAGCAGCAGCAGCAGAGAAGAAAAGGAAAAAGAAAAAAAAGACAAAAGAGAGAAACAUUGAUUACGCGGCUGAGACGGAGAAUGUUUGGUGGUAG